UUCCUGUCUCCCCUGCAGCUCUCCGUCCGAAACCUGGAGGAGAAUCCACAUGCCUCACUGACCAUGUCUUUGGCACAGACCGACUUCUGCAAGAGGAAUGUGUUUGAUCCCCAGAGCCCGCUGUGCGCUCACAUCAUGCUUUCUGGAGCUCUGACCAAGGUGAAUGAAACAGAAGUGGACUUUGCAAAGCAUUCAUUGUUCACUCGUCACCCCGAGAUGAAAACCUGGCCUUCCAGCCAUAACUGGUUCUUCGCUAAGUUGAAUAUAACCAAUAUCUGGGUCAUGGACUACUUUGGUGGACCCAAAAUAGUGACACCUGAAGAAUAUUAUAAUGUCACAAUUCAGAGGCAAGACUGAAGGCACAAUUU